AUGAAACUUUAUAUCUGUAAAAAUAUCUUGUUAACACUCUGCUUGGUGUUUUCACUUUUACCGUUCAUCCAUGCUUUGGAUGAGAUUUCUCUCAAAUUCCGUCAAACUUCACUCUCAUGUAAGAGAAAUGUUCAAUACUCUACUCCAGCCAAUCAAGUGACAUUUACUUCAGGAACCACAUGUGAUUUCAAUGUCACUACCAAGGCAUCCUUGUCCACUUUCACUGGCUUAAAGUUCGAGGCAUCAGUUGCUACAUUGCCAAUGAUUAAAAUGGCAGCAAGUGCUGGUUUCAAAAUUCAAUUAGGAAACAAGUUGGCUCCAUUGACAAUUAAUAUUGAUACUGGUGUUGCUUUUGGUUUUGAUUCGAUUUUUGAGUAUUUGGAUAAUGAUGGUACUCCUGGUUAUCAACCAAAUACUGCUGAUUCAAUUGUUAAGGAGUAUUCACUUGUUGGAUUGUCAUGGAAGGUUAUUUCUGUAACCAAGACAGAUUUGACAAGUGAUGGAAGUGCUGCUGUGUAUAAGGCUGUUUCAAGUGUUGAUAUUCCUAAUUUCUGUACAGUUACAUUCACUGGAUUCAUUACUACUAAUGAAGUUUCAUUUGAAUCCAAGACACUUGUCAGUAGAACUGUCACUCAAGUUUUGGUCCCUUCAUCUUUCAAAUCUUCAUUAGAAAUCACUGGAAUUAAAUAUUCCAAUGCCAAUUCCAAGUUAGGUAUCAGCACUUUGGUUGCAUUCAGAGGUGCAAUCUUUGAGAAACCACGUGCAAGAAACAUUUUGGCUGAAGAAAGACCAGACACAGCCACAUCAGAUCAAAAAGUCAUUCAAUUCAAUCAGACAAGUUUCUUCUCUUCAUGGAAUUUGCCAGACGGUUUUGAAUUACCAAAUCCAUACUUGUCAUUCCAAACCUUUGUUUCCAAAUAUAGUACAUUGAGUGCUGGAAUUACAAAGAGUCAAUUGGUGACAACUGCUUUGAAAUCUGAUUUUUCACUUAAUGCUGCAACAAGUGCAUUGAAGAAGGAUUUAACAUUUGCAAGUGUUGUUAGAUUUUAUGCUUCAUUGACUGAAAGAGUUGAUAAUUUGAAUUGGGAUCCUUCUCUUGGUGCUGAGGAUAAAUCUGCAUCAGGAACUGUUUCAAGUGCAAGUAGUGUCAAGAUUGGAAGUAUUGUUGUCAUUGCUGUUUUGGCAUUGUUUGGAAUCUUGUUGUAAAUAGAGUCUAAAGUACUUUUAAUAAUCCGUUAAUAAAAAACCAGAUUCUUGCCCC